GGCGGCCGGCGCCGGAAGCGGCCGAGCGACGAGGGGACGUCGCGUCGCCGGGUCUCUAGCAGCUGCCGCGGAGCCGCCGGACGGACCGCCGGACCUGCCCCCCAGCCAUGGCCGAGAGCGACUGGGACACGGUGACGGUGCUGCGCAAGAAGGGCCCCACGGCCGCCCAGGCCAAGUCCAAGCAGGCCAUCUUGGCGGCUCAGAGACGAGGAGAGGAUGUGGAGACUUCUAAGAAAUGGGCCGCCGGCCAGAACAGACAGCACUCAAUCACCAAGAACACGGCCAAGCUCGACCGGGAGACCGAGGAGCUGCACCACGACCGCGUGACCCUGGAGGUGGGCAAGGUGAUCCAGCAGGGCCGGCAGAGCAAAGGGCUGACACAGAAGGACUUGGCCACGAAAAUCAACGAGAAGCCGCAGGUCAUCGCAGACUAUGAGAGUGGACGAGCCAUUCCUAAUAACCAGGUUCUGGGCAAAAUCGAGAGAGCUAUCGGCCUCAAGCUCCGGGGGAAGGACAUCGGGAAGCCGAUUGAGAAGGGGCCAAGGGCGAAAUGAACACAAAGCCUCGAAAUCAGUGCGUUCCGGCUGAUCUCGUCUGGCUGGUUCCCCUUGACCACCAGCGCCAGCGUGGGUCUCUUCACUGGCCGAGCGGAACGCGGGGCGUCAGCCCUGCCCAGGAACUCCCUCUCCCCAUACCGCUGUCAAACAAAACCUUGCAAAGUA